AUGGCCUACAACAAAUCCUACAACCCCGAUGCGCUGCCAGCUCAUGCUGAGCCCGAGCAGGUCGCGCAGAUGCUAGGCUCCAUGACCAUGGCAAACCAAAACCAAAGCUCAAGUCAAAACCACAGCCAGAAGCCCCUGCCCUCACGCCCACCAGCACAAACAGGCCACAGCGGAGUCCCACCUCGAGUCCCAGUCUCCAGCGCACCGCCACCACAACACCCCUACUCAACCCCUCCCCCGCGCGUCGAGUCCCAAACCCACCACUCGUACAGCGGCCGACCCUCGCAAGGGAACAACCCAGCACCCCUAACCCAGAGCCACACGCAAAACCAGCAGCGCCCACAGCCUCACCCGCUCCACCCCUCUCCACCACCGCAGAACUACGGCUUCGGUCCACCCCCAGUCCAGCCACAGCGCAACAGACCCCCGCCCCAAUCUCGCCCGCCCCAAUCACCCGUCCCACCACCUCUCACAGCACCCAGCAAUGACCCGCAACAACUCUACCCACUUUUCCGCGCCGCGAACGUCUCCCAGUCCAGCACGCUGACCGAGCAAGAACUCGGUUCGGCACUGGUGAACGGCGACUACACGUCCUUCCACCCGCGCACGGUAAAGAUGAUGAUCCGCAUGUUCGACCGCGACGGCAGCGGGACAAUCAACUUCGACGAGUUCGUUUCGCUGUGGCGGUAUCUGGCUGCGUGGCGGGAGCUGUUUGAUCGGUUUGACGAAGAUCGCAGUGGGCGCAUUAGUUUGACGGAGUUUGAGAAUGCGCUGGUUGCCUUCGGGUAUAGACUCAGUCCAAAGUUUGUGGCUGUUAUCUUUGGCGUCUUUGAGAGUAAGACUAAGCAGAUGGGGGUUGCGCCUAAGGAUCCUACUCGGAAUGGGAUGAGCUUUGAUCUUUUUGUUCAGGCUUGUAUCAGUCUGAAGCGUAUGACUGAUGUGUUUAAGCGGUAUGAUGAGGAUCGGGAUGGGUAUAUUACUGUUAGUUUUGAGGAGUUUUUGACUGAAAUUCUUCAAUUGCAGGAUUAA